AUGUAUUGUUACGAACAUAGAAUUCGUCAAGAUGGAAUUGUUUGCGAUCGUGAUUUAUGUCCGCCUUGGUCAUUUUUUUCUUCAACAGGAGGAAAUAAAGUAGUGCCUAGAGCCAUGUUUGUAGAUUUAGAGCCAACAGUUCUCGAUGAAAUCAGAACUGGUAGAUUUAGAUCACUUUUUAACCCUCGUAAUUUAAUAUCCGGAAAAGAAGAUGCGGCCAAUUGUUUUGCUAGAGGGUAUUUUACGUUAGGAAAAGAAAUUAUUGAUUUGUUAUUACAUCGCCUACAUAAUUUGGCCGAAGAUUGUGAUAAUCUUCAAGGUUUUCUUAUAUUUCGAGCUUAUGGCGGUGGUACCGGUUCGGGAUUAACCGCACAUCUUUUAGAAAAAUUAGAUGUUGAUUAUCCGAAAUGUAGUUUAAUGGAAUUUUCCAUAUAUCCAGCACCUAAGUUAUCGUCUAUUAUCGUGGAACCUUAUAAUGCCGCAUUUGCAACUCAUUUAUCAUUAGAACACGCAGAAGGUUGUUUUCUUAUCGAUAACGAAGCUUGUUACGAUAUUUGCGAUCAUCUUUUGGAUGUUUGUUCUCCGACAUUUAGCAACAUAAAUUGUUUGAUGGGUCAAGUGGUAUCUGCCGUUACGGCAUCACUUCGAUUUCCGGGUGAUAUCAACGUAGAUUUUAAAGAUAUACAAACAAAUUUAAUACCCUAUCCUAGAAUUCAAUUUCCUCUUAUAAGUUAUGCUCCUUUAAUGUCAAAAAAACAAGUUCUUUAUGAAAAUAAUUCAGUUAAUUCAUUGCUUGAUGCUUGUUUUGAACCUUCUCAUCAGAUGGUUAAAUGUGAUCCCAGAAAAGGUAAAUACAUGGCUUGCACUGUUUUAUUCCGAGGUGAUAUUUCUAGUUCGAGUAUAAGUUCAGCAAUAAAUUCAUUAAAAGUUAAAAAAGCGGCUAAUUUUGUCGAUUGGUGUCCAACCGGAUUUAAAGUUGGCGUUAAUUCUCAACCUCCAAUUAACGUACCUGGAGGUGAUCUUAUUGCAACCGAUCGAUCUUGUCUAAUGUUGGCCAACACCUCCGCCAUAAAAUCAGCUUGGGAAAAAAUCGUUAGUAAAUUUGAUUUAAUGUUUGAAAAAAAGGCUUUUUUGCAUUGGUACGUUGCCGAAGGACUCGAUGAAGCU